AUGGCGCGUCGUUUGGCGCUGCUUGCGUUCCUAGCGUGCGCGGUCACAAGCCGCCCGCCUUCAAACUUCCAUCAAUUAACGAGUCCAAACUCCGACACCUUAGACACUCUCGCGCUGUGGGCGGACCUCGAUGAUCUCGACUCAGAUGAGACCCCUCCGCGAUUUGAUAGAGCUAAAAACAAUGCCAAAGUGAUCAUAAGGAAUAAUAUUCCAGAAUUAAACGUAACCAGGAAAACUUCUAAGAGUGACGGUAAAAAUAAAGUUAUAAAAACAACGAUUAAUAUUGAAAGUCAUACGAACUUUAUAGUGACUAAACGACCAAUAGUUGUGACUAACACAGAAAACAGUCAAGCCGAAAUCAUCAACAACACGACGGCCGUCUACGACGAGACGCUCUCAGACUUCGACCCGAAAAAACAAAAAGCAACCACACGUCGUUCAACAACGAGAACAACUCGGUCAUCUGUUACAACUCGUGCAACCAAAGCAACGAAAUCACCAAAGACUAAAGUGACUUGUGCAACCAAAAAGCCUGGAUGGGUACCGUCAUUCCAUCAAGAUAACAAAGUCAAAGAGAAACCAGUUAGUUCAGGUUGGUUUGUAGGUAUCUUCUCCAGUAUAUACAAUUGGUUCGUAGAAUCAAAAACCUCUUGGUUCACCAGCAACUGGUUUGUAGACGACCCAAAGAUUACCACAACAACAACAACACCCUCUCCCCCUUCAACUUCCACUGGAAAUUGGUUUGAAACGUUCUUAGAUUCUGAAGAUGUGGAAACAACUCCAGCAACAGAAACCAUAAAAAAACCAACUUCAAAGUCACUUAAGAAAAAUUACAAAGGUUAUCAGCUGCUACGUGCUUAUCCAGAUGUUUUAUGGAAAGUUCAUUCUUUGUUAGAGCUUAAAGAGGAAGCUGAAGGUUCUGGCUUGAUGUGGUGGACAUCUCCCUCAUUAAAUGGAUCCACAGAUCUUCUUGUUCCACCAGAUCUGCUAGCUGAUAUUAAAGAUCAUUUGAAAUCUUCCAAAAUAGAGUUCGAUGUUGUCAUUUGGGAUUUGCAGAAAGCUAUUUCAUAUGAGAACCCAAAACUGUCAAAAAAGCAGCGAAUAGAACUGGAACAAUUGAGAGGUCAUCCGAUGACAUGGAGGCGAUAUCAUCGUUAUUCUGAUAUAUUGCGUUACUUGGAAUAUUUACAACAUUCAUAUUCUGAUAUUGUAGAACUGAUACCCUUAGGGCGGUCUUCAGAGGGUCUUCCUCUAGUAGCUGUUAAGGUCUCACUUCCUCGCAAUGAAACUAUAAAAAACAAUAAAGUGAAAAGAAAAUAUAAAUUAAAAUCUCAACUGAAGCCUGCCGUGUGGUUGGAGGGCGGUGCCCACGCCCGUGAGUGGAUAGCCCCGGCCGUCGCUCUAUGGAUGUUACACAAUCUAGUGGAAGGAGAAAAAGGCUUCGGAACUGACCGGCGAAUGCUUAAAAUGGCAGAUUUUUACAUCAUGCCAGUAUUGAAUCCUGAUGGAUACGAGCACUCGCACACGCACGACAGGCUUUGGAGGAAAACGCGCUCACGAAGCUCAGAGCACUCAGACGAUUACUAUGUUGGCUGGUUUCCGUGGAAUUGGGGACGGACGGAGUGCAUCGGUGUUGAUGCUGAUCGCAAUUGGGAUUACCACUGGGGUGAAAAAGAUUCUUCGCAAGAUCCCUGCGCCGAAAACUACUCCGGUCCCCAUCCUUUCAGUGAGCCAGAAACACGGGCUGUUUCCAACUUCUUAGCCGAAAAUAGAGGGCAGAUACAGGUAUACAUAUCACUGCACGCGUACUCACAAGCUUGGCUUUUACCAAGCAGUCAUUCACAUGCAACUUUUGCUGACGAUGGAGUUUUAAUGGAAAUGGGGAAACUGGCGACCGCUGCUCUGGCAGACAUGUACGGAACCAAGUACCAGGUGGGGACAGCUGCGGAAAUACGUCAACCAGCAACUGGGAUGUCCCACGAUUGGGCAAAAGUUCGAGCUGGUAUCAAGUAUGCCUACCACGUCGAUCUCCGGGAUUCCUAUGGUCCCUACGGUUUUCUGUUACCAGGGUCGCAGAUAGUGCCAACAGCGCGCGAAACUUGGCAGGCUCUCAAAGCUAUUGUUGAAAAUUUAUAA